AUGAAAAUAUUGUUAUUUUCUACAUUACCAAAUUUGUAUAAAAUAUUAUUAAUUUAUAUAUAUAUAAAAUUAAAUAGUUCAUAUCAUCCAUCAACAGGUAUUUUAAGAUUACCAGAAUUAAGAAUAGAUGCUACAUCACAUUAUUUAUUUAAAGAAGUUUUACCUAUAACAUUAGAAUGUAAUCUUUAUUCUGCAAAUAAAUAUUCACCAUCAUAUAAACUUGAUGAUCCAAUUAUUUGGCCUGUAUUUUGGUUUAAAGAUGGUUUUAGAGUUGAAAAAAAAGAUGGUUAUUAUGCAUAUGAUGGAAAAUUAAAUAUUACAAAUUUAAAAUUAAAAGAAGGAAAUUAUCAAUGUGCUGGACAUGUAGAAAAUAUUAAAUUAAAUGUUGGUUAUGUAGGAACUGAUUUAGUUUCACCACCAUUAAAACUUAUUAGAACAAGAACAUCAAAAUUUUUUUAUAAAACUAAAAAAAAAACUUUAAUUCAUUGUUUUCAAAGAAGUAAUACAAGAAUUCCAUGUGAAGGACUUCCUCAUAUUGUUCCAAAUCCUUAUUUAUUAUGGUUUGAAAAAGAUGACAAUCCUAGAAUUAAAUAUGGUAUACCACCAUAUAAUAAAAGGCAUGUUGCAACACAAUCAGGAUUACAAAUUUAUAAUGUUUCUAUAAGUGAUGGUGGAAAAUAUAGUUGUAAGGUUAAAAAUUUAUAUACUAAUCAAACACGGAAGAAUUAUAAACCAGUUAUUUUAAAAGUUAAUCCAGGUAUUCAACCAGAAUAUACUAUAACUAAAAAAUAUGAAGAUUAUGCUGAACGUAAAUAUAUGGAACCAAAAUAUAUUAAAAUUCAUACAUCUAUAAAUAGUUCAAUAUUACUUGAAUGUUAUCUUCUUGGUUUAGAAACAAGAUGGAUAUGGGAAAAACAUGGAAGUUUACCACCUGAAACAGAAAUGAUAGGAAGUAAUUUAAAAUUUAAAAGAAUUAUUGAAAAAUAUAGUGGUAAUUAUACAUGUGAAUCUAUUAAUCCUGGUGUAACAGAAAAAGUAUAUUAUUCAAUUAUUGUUCAUAAACCAUCAUUUGUUUCAUUUGAUAUAUCAUCAAUAUCAAAUGGUAAUAUGUGGAUAUUUCAUUGUUUAUCAAGAAAUUUAAUUUAUGAAGUACCAUUAAUGUAUUUAGAAUCAGUUGAUUUAAGUCAAACAAUGACUAGAAAUAAAAAAUAUAUACCAUUAUUUUAUAGUAAUCCAAUAACAUUUAAUGGUACAACAGAAGAAUUUAAAGGUAGUAUACAAUGUAUGUCACGACCAAGUAUGGAAGAAGGUGAAGUUUAUGGACAAAAUUUAAAUGUUGGUAAAACAAUUAAUUAUUUACUUGUACCUAAAAAUAUUCGAAAUUAUCCAUUAUCUAUAUAUAAUGUUAAUCAGACAAGAUAUACAGGAGAGUCUGUUGAAAUAUAUUGUUACACUGGUGGUGAUAGAUAUACAUUUACAUUUAAUGGUGAAUCAUUAUCAAAUUUAAGAAAUCAUUUUGGUGGUAGAGAUAAAUGGAAUCGUGAAUAUACAAUUAUAACAAAUUUAAAUGAAAAAGAUCAAGGUUGGUAUUCAUGUAGAACAAGAAGUUUUUCAACACGUUUUGAAAAAGUAAAUAGAUUUUAUUUAACUGUUUAUGAUAUUUCACAAAGAAAAAUACAUAUGGAAAUAAAUAAAAGAUUAAAAUUAAGAGAAGAACAACAAUUAUUUUUUGAAACAUAUUUAAAAACAUCAUAUCUUGAAGUACCAUUUAUUGAUUAUGAUUUUGAUGAUAUUAGAUUAUUUUGGGAUAUAAAUACUAUAAAUGAAAAUAUAAUUCAAAAUUUUACAAGUAUAGCUAUUUUAACAAAAAGUUUUGGAGAACGUUCUAAAUGGGAAGUUGAUUGUGUUGUACCAAUUAAUGAGACAUCUGUUAUUCUUAAUAGAAAAAAUGGUAUAUUUAAAAUAAAAAUGCAAGCAAUUAAAAAUGAUAGAUCAUUACUAAAUAGUCCUGAAAGUAAAUGGAUUAAUUUUGGUGAUUCACCAAAUGAAUAUUUAUAUUCACGUAAAAAUAUUAUGUAUGGAUUAACAUAUUUUGGUGUAAAACCAAUAAAUGAUAGUGAAAUACAAUUAGUUUGGAUAUUUACUGAUAAUUAUAUUAUUGGUGAUAAUUUAAAACAUCAAUUAAUGUAUCAAAAAUUAGAUAAUAUACCAAAAGAUUAUAAAUCAACAUUACAAGAAGAUUACUUUGAAAGUAACUCAACACAAUUAAUUUUAGGAAAUUUACUUUCAAAUACAACAUACCGUAUACGUUUAAUAAUUUUUACAGAAUUUGUUGAUAUUAUAUCACCAGAAAUAAAAAUUAAAACAAAUAUAACAAUAGUUAAUGGUAAACCAAAAUUAUGUUUAUCAUGUGAAGUAAAAAAAAUUGUAAUUAAAUAUAAUAUUCAUAUUUUUUUACCAUUAUUUUUUGCUACAGUUUUUUUAUGUGGUUUCUUUUGUCAAUUUCCUUAUUGUGAAUAUUUAACAUGUCGUUUUUUAAUACGUAUCAUUUUACGUCAAACACCAACUGGAAAAUUUAUGGAUACUUCAGCAUAUAUUUAUAAUCAACAAAAUAUUGAAAAAUCUAAAGUUUAUCAUGAAGUUAUGAGAAAUGCAUUAAAUGAUGUUAAUAUAAAAGGAUUAUCAAUAAAUACAAUAUCAAACUUUACGGAUGAUGAUAUAUCAACAGAUCAUGAGGAAAAUAAUAUUGUUGAUAAUAGUAGUAGUGAUGAAGGUACAUUAAUACCAAUGAAAGAAGAAGAGAUUAUUAUAGAAAAAGCUGAUACUGAAUCAAGUCCAAUAAAUUAUUUAAGUAUUGAUGGUAGAGAUACAUUAUCAGAAAGUUGGUAUAGUGGUGAAAGAAAUACUAUAAAUUAUCAAGAAAUUUUUAAUGAACCAGAAGAUAUUAUUAGUUUAAGUAAUAAUUCAGAGUUUCCAAAUUAUACAAAUAUUGAAAAUAUUAAUAAUCCUAAUGGUAAUAAUUAUGCAAAUAUUGGCAAAUUUUCAGAUAAUAAUGGUAAUGAUUCAAAUUUUUAG